AUGUAUCCCGCCUCUUUCCCGAACCAGGGCUCGCCCGAGCAUCCCCAGGCCACCAACGGCAGUCCCCAGAGUGCGCCUCCCCAUGAGCAGGAGCAACCACCUGCACAGGCGCCCCCUCCGGCCUAUGCCUAUCUGCCCGCCCCGAUGUACGAUCCGGCUCGGGGCAACGCCGCCUACCACCCAUAUGCAGCUCCCUUCUACGCGACUCCGGUCAUGGGCGGUGUUGGUGUCUACUCGGCCAUGCAGCCCAACACAGUGUCUCCUCUUGGCGGCUCCCGUCGAAGCCGCAACAUAUCCGAGGUCGGCCCCGUGUUCAAGCCCACUAAGCAAGCCUUUGCCCUCUGGGAUAGCGAUCACCAGCGCCCCUACGUCGCCGUCCUCUACCCAAAGAUCGACCGCGGCUUCUUCCUGGCCGAGGGCGACUGGACGUGCUACCGCCGCAAUUACUUUCAGGUCAGCUGCUCCUUUGCCGCCUAUGACUCGCAGAAGCAACGUCUCGAGUUGCCGUGCCUGAUCGACAUGGACGAUGCCGUCCGCACCGUCACGGGCUUCUACAUCGGCCUGUCUUCCAAGACCGCCAACGGCCAGCGCGACAUUGAGCUGGUCCAGCACACCGCCAAGCGAGACAAGGGCCCCCAGACGACCCCUGGACUGCGUCAAUGCCUGCCAUCGGAUCCCGCCCUGGCUCGCCCGGAAGAUGCGGCCCAGCAGAUCACCUUUGAGCGCAUCCAGUUCAAAUCUGCGACUGCCAACAACGGCAAGCGCCGCGCCGCCCAGCAGUACCAUGUGCUGGUGCUUGAGCUUUGGGCCAGGAUGGAGGACAACAGCAACGUCCGCAUUGCCACGGCCGAGUCGGUCAACCUCGUGGUCCGCGGCCGUGCCCCUGGCCACUAUGCCACCAUGUCCAACCGCAACGGCGGCAACAGCGAGGCUGAUCCUGGAUACGGCGAGUUCGGUUCGCCCGCCAGCCCGUCCACUGCUCCUCCAUACGCCCAACCUCCCAUGAUGGGUAUGGGGCAACCGCCAAUGAUGGGCCAUCCGCACUAUCCGUAUGCCACCCACGAUGGCGCUGCCUAUUACGUCCCCCCUCAGCACCCCGGCGUCCAUGCUCCGCAGCACUACUAUCCCAGCUACCAAGUCUGGGCGGCUCACGCCCAUCUCCAGCCGCCUAUCGCACCCAUGCCUGGGGAAGCGCCCGGCGCCCCUCGACACGGUGGCGAUCCUGAGCACAACCCGAAUGGCCCAACACAGGGAAGCGAGGUCAAUCCGAACGACGACGACGAAGACGACGACGACGAAGAAGAGGGAGACGAGGAGGGCGACGGCGAUGAUCGAACAGAAGGCGAUGACGAUAACACCGACGACCGUCCUGUGAAGACCCAAGACUCGGACGAUCCCGCUGGUCGCCAUCCUCCCCCUUCCGCUCGUGAUUCUCGCCGGAGUAAGCACUAG